UGCAGCACUGUUUUGUGCGUGACUGAAUGUCGUGACAUGCGUGCUUUGCUUGUAUUUGUGUAAAUUUUAUUAUUUAGGAUUGUUUUGUUGUGAAUCCAACUUCUGCAAUGCACGUCGAGAAGAAAUCGGAGCUCCGGAGCCUCCUCAAGUCGGGCGACAAGCGUUGUAAAUUGGUUGAGCCAAGGAAUACAAAGAGCUGCGUCUGGAGGUUUUUCAACUUGGUCUCCUGCGACGACAAAAUAGAGCCGUACGCCUGCUUUAAAACCUGCGGAGAUCUGCUAUCCUAUAGUGGAAAGACAGGCACUGGAAGCUUACUCCGGCACAGGUGCUUGCACUCAAACUCAAAUAACGAGAAAACUGUGCGAAUAACUAAGGCCAAGCAACUGCGGGAGCCUUUGCAUGUGGCCAAGCCGAAGAUUGAAAGGCAGUCCACAUCGUUUGUCGCCGAGACCGGCGCACUCCCGCAGAAGUGGGAGGAGUAUGAGCAAAAUGAUGGGAUCAGCGAGGACAUCAAGGACAUUAUCUACAACGAAGAUCCGCUCUGCUACAGUCCCAUACACGUUAUGGAGGAGGAGGUCGCCCUCGAGUCUGGUGAAAAGGUCACCGUGCUAAACCCCAGCGGCCAUAGCCGCGCCACCAUCAGCAGUGGUCCAGUCGUGGCCACUGUGGUGGCCUCGAACACCAACACGGCCAACGCGGCCAAACAGCUGAAGAACAACCUGGAGACAUCCAUCGACCGCCUGACCACGGUCAGCGAGCAACUGAGCUACAUCAUUCAGCAGAGCCACGAGGAACAUAGUAAGGACGACGACUACUACUUCGCCCUGAGCCUUGUGCCCAGCAUGCGCCAGAUGUCGCUGAGCCGCAAGCUAUAUGUGCGCACCAAGAUCCAGGAGGUUAUCUUCGAGACAAGCGAGGAGGCCACCUCCGGCAAGGACGAAUGAAUAGAUUAAGUAUAAGCUACCAAGAAGUCGAAGAAACGAAAGCAACCAAACAGCAACAGAGACAGCUGUUUGAAUGGGUUCUUUCUCGUUUAGGUUUUGGUUAGCUGAAUUUAAUCGAUUAGGCUAAGUUUAUGACUAUGUAUUCUGUACAUCCACUUAAUCAUCUAUUCUUUUAGCAUUAAUGUAAAAAUUGUAUUCACGAUAGGAAUAAACAUCCAAAUAAAUAUCUGGCAGAGAAACGCAAAAGAGCGAUAUGGUAGAAAAAGUACAGUACAUCUUCAAUAUGUAUGACGUUUAUUUUAAAUAAAUUUUAUUUAAAUAACUUGUUAAGAUUUACAAAACAGAGAGCGUAGCUAGAUUAGAAUUAUAAUUAUUAUUUCUUUGUAUUAUAUUAUAAUUUAAAAAUCGAUUUGCGGCUAAGGUCUGUCUAUGCCUAUUCUUAUAAAUAUGCAUAUGGAUUCGAUUCCUCUCGCUUUGUCCCACUGAUUUCGUCAGUGCUCUUGUGUAGAUCUAGAUCUAGAUCUAGACGUACAAGCAUACAAUACAUUAUAAUACAGAUUGCAAUAAAAUUCCUACAAAUCAGUUAAUAAAAAAUAAA